CAGCCACGCCGGGGUCCUCUCCAGGAGCCGCAGCAGCGGCUGCGGGGAUCUCCUUUGGCCUCACCUCUGGCAGCACUUCUCCGCCCAUCAGCAGCAGCAGCGGCGGCGGCGGCCUCACUGUCCUCGCCUCCGCGCGUUCCAUCGGCGUCGGCAGCACGUCACCGGUCGGGGUUUAUCAUCAGGCCACAAACUCCUCUCAGGGGGGUGUUGGUGUUACCCUGCUGACCGGCGGCGGCCAAAUGACGACGUCGGCUGCCGCUGGUGGUGGUGGUGGACACCUGUCUCAAAUCAUCCGCCCUAGACAUCCGGUAAGCAUAUAACGCACUCGCGUUCCCCCCUCCCCCAACAUCGUCUUCCUUCGCCGUCCUCACUCUUCUGCCCCUCCUCACUCCUCAGCCCCCUUCGGUCUUCUGGUGAAUUGUAAUUCAUCUAGCCCUACCAGUAAGGGUCGAGAAAUAUGUUAUUUCUUAUACCUGUCUAGAUGAAAUAACGUCAUCCGGAGAUUAGUCGUUCGGAAUUAUAUCAUGGUUUUUAAUCCACUUACAUUUCCUUUUAUCUGAAGGUUUCGCAUGGUUUUCCUAAGAGACAGCUUUCCGCAUUUAUACUUACAAGAGUUAUUUCUUUAUCAUAAAUGGGGUUGGAGUAGUUUCCUCUACCAACCUGCCCAAUCGAAUGCCACCGAUACGUCUUGAUUUCCCAUUCACAUCGUAAUUAAUCUUUAACUCGAUUUUUUACGUGAAAGCAAACUGAAUUGCAAACUUAUUGCUUAAUUCUACAGCGUUUGCUGACGUCCGUUUCGAGUUCUCCAGCAUUUCACACCAAUAAGUGAAAUCUGAUAACUUUUAAAUUAUUAAUCUUUUCGAAAUCCCAAUGUUCCACCUA